CGUUGAUUGGGGCGAUGGCCAUGGCACAGGCAGAGGUGGUGGCGGGUGGAGCUUCUUCGCUGCUGUGUGAUCUCUGGGCACAGCUUACUGCCAACGAGCGAGUGCCCUUGGUCGCCCCCUUGAUGGCUCGCUUUGAUGCCUGGCUCGACGCUGAAGUUGGCGCACAGCAUGAUCCACCCACGGCAGCCAGCUGGCCGCUUAUGCCCCUGCUAAAUGUGCUGGCCGCCCGCGUCGUUGGUCUCUUGACCACGGGUCAGGCACCUGAGCUACAUACCACCCAAGCUGAACUGAGUGCUCUUCAGACGAGCGAAGCAAGCCAUCUGGAUGCAACUGCCCAACAACAGCUCCGGGACCUUGGUGCCCUGCCGGCCACGGCUGCGGCGAUGCAGGAUGCUGCUCGCAUCUGCCUUGGCAUCAGCUCCUGGCCGCUCUUGCGCAUGCUCCUGGGAUUACGCACUACUCAGGGCAGCCUACCCCUGCUGCCCCCACCCCUCAGUGUCUGCCUUGCCACCUUCAAUGCGCUUCACAAGCCCGACUCGGCCGCUCGCUUGAGCCAAGGGGCCCGCGCUCUGUCCAAGCACUGCCACCGCGACACCUCGUCCCAGUUUUGGGGGGUCGCUCGUGGACCUGAACCGGCCCAAAAUGAACAUGCCCUUGAGGUGCUGGCCCGACUCGUCACCAACGUGGCUUGGAUCAACGUGCAUGAGCUGCCCCACGCCACGCAGGUCGUUGAGAUUCGCAAUGCCGAGGGCUAUGGCAUGCGCUGGUCGGCUGAUGGACGAGACUUUCGUGGUUUUCUAGAGCCACAGAUGGUCGAUGGUCAUGAGCAAGGAUGGCGCCAUUGAGCCGGCGCCGCAACUAACAGACUUUUUUUACCAGAUGCCCACUUGACCGAUCACUGUUUUAAUCGACCGAUAUCAAUUUUCA